AUCAAGAAUUUAAUUAGUUAUUUAAGUCUAUGUACAUUGUAGAGAAAAGUUGGUGUCAACUGCUCUCUGAAGGAUUCGAUUUUUGGACAUGCUAUAAUAACUUGUGGUAGCAUAUUCCACUGAACUAUUGUAUGAGGAAACCAUGACCAUUUAUGGGAAGAAAACUUGAAAAAAGAAAACAAACAGAAGAUGAAGGUGAUAUAAAAAUUAAAAAGGAAAAGAUAAAUAUAGAUGACAGUAGAAAAGAUGAAUGCAGUCUUGAGAAAGGAAAUUGCAAGAAAACAACUGAAGAUAUAAUUGUGAAUAAUUGUAGAAACGACAGUGAUGAAAAUUCCAGUGUUAAAUCUAAAAAGAAACAUCUGAAAGAAACAGUAGUAAUUGAUAAAGAUAUUAAUAAUGAUAUUCCUCUUAUGGAUGCAAAAGAUAAUGUUUUAAAUGAAGAAACUCAGACAGUAACAACAGAAUCAAAAAUCAAAGUUGAGAAAAAUAGAGAAAAUGACAAAAAUGAAAAUACACUUGAUAUUACAAAUAAAGAUGUGGAAGACAUUAUGAAAGAGGUCUCAGUAAAUAAGAAAAAGAAGAAAAAAGAAAAAAAUAAGAAAACAGAGCUGUGUAUUACUGAUAGUAUAAAAACUGAAACAGAAGAAAAUAAAAAAUCACCAAAAGAACUUGCUAUCGCAUAUCUGAAACUCUGGAAGAAGAAUAGAGAUGAAUGGAAAUUUCAGAAAGUCAGACAAGUCUGGUUGCUUAGUAAUAUGCUUGAUUCAGAAAUGAUAAAAGAUAAACAUUUUAAAACUUUACUACUGUAUCUGGAUGGUUUAAAAGGAAAAGCUCGGGAAACAACAUCUUUAGCAGCACAAAAAAUUAUAGAAUCAGAUUCAGAUAGUGGUGUUAAAGUUGACAGAGCUAGACAGAUUGUCCAACAGUUAUCUACAGAAUAAAUAUACAAACUUGA